AAAGGGUACUAAACUAUAGCUCGAUUAUUAAGAUUAAAAUCUUUGUUUCUUCAUCAACAUAUUAAAGUAAAUUUACUCUAAAUAACACAAAACUAUAAACGGAUUACGCUCCAAUUGAUAUUAUUUUGUUUAGUGGUAACAAAAGCUAAUAUAUUAAAACUUUAAUUUAAAUUAAAAUCUUAAUUUAAAAUUGAAAACGUAAAACAAGAAGGAAAAAAAAAGCAAAAACAUGAAUCAGGAAGAAAAUCUUGAAAAUCAGUCGAUCUGCAGGCUAGCGACGAAGAAACAAUCUUUAGACGAUAUGUACAGUGUUCCAGCAAACUUUCUCGAAAUCGAUGUGAUCAAUCCGCAGACAACGAUAAUUGCUGGAAAAAAGAAAUUUACUGAUUAUGAAAUUAGAAUGCGAACAAACCUACCUGUCUUCAAAAUAAAGGAAUCAAGUGUGCGAAGACGAUACAGCGACUUUGAAUGGUUAAGGAAUGAAUUGGAACGAGAUAGUAAGAUUGUAGUUCCACCAUUGCCAUCGAAAGCCUGGAAGCGCCAAAUGCCAUUCCGCAAUGAUGAAGGAAUAUUUGAAGAACAAUUCAUCGAAGAUCGCCGCAAAGGACUUGAAACAUUCGUAAAUAAAAUUGCUGGACAUCCAUUGGCUCAAAAUGAAAGAUGCUUACACAUGUUCUUGCAAGAGCCGACGAUUGAUAAAAACUACACACCUGGAAAAGUUCGCAACACUUAAAUGAAAAUUCUUUUGUAACAUGAGUUGAUUAAAAGCAAUCUUUAUUUUCUUUUUUUCGUUUAAAAUCAAUAUUUAGUUAAAGCAUAAGCUCGGUGAAAUUAUGAUUAUCAAUUUUAUAUUUUCAUUCAAUAAUGUUUCGAAUUUUUUUUCAUUACUUUUUUUGAAAAAUAGUUUUUGAAUUGUAAUCAUGUGUUAAACAAUAAUAGUGAAGCGACUCAAUGACCACGACGGUGAAUACUUGUGCAACGUAAACAAUUACAGGUCACUUUACAUGUUAUGAAUGUCAAAGUAAUCAUAAAAUAUAUUUUCACCGUCGAAUUGAAUCGAAAGUCUUUACAUAUAUUAUCAGUUAAAGAAAUAUGAUGUUGCUCUGACAGUAUUCAUAAAUGAUACAAUUGAACGAGAUUAGAAACAAAUUUGUUGGACGCAAGAGCUUUUAUUAUGAGCAUCAUUUAUGAAUACAGACAAAACUGUAAGAAUGAAUAAGUUUGGUAUAGAGAAAAUAAAUAAAAAUAUAACAUAUG